AACAGCAGCAUAGGCUGGAAUAGUAGGAUGAUUAUGAAUGGCAACUUGAGAAAGCAGCAGACUUAGCCUUUUUAUAAUUUUAAAGUGUUAGCUCAGGAAAGACAAGAAAAUCACAUUGUGACUUUGGGUAAUUAGUCUUUAGGCUAAAAGAGGCAUUAAAGAAUUUCCUGACUGCCAACUCUUUCUACACUGUGGAGGAAUACUGUUGUUAUAAAUAAGAAUUUUGAAAUUUGAAUAUAUCUAAAGUAUUGAAAUUGCUGAUUUUAUGAGUGUAAAUUUUUAUUAUUUUGAUUGUAAAAUAUCAACUUUAUGUUUUUAAAUGUACAGUUUUGUGUAUAAAUACUGUGACUGUCUUGCAUGUUUUUAUAAUUUGUCAGAUCAUGUAUAAGCAAAUUUAUUGUGUUGACUGGUUUCAAUCGUUUUUGAAAACUGUGCAUGUAAGGGACUUGUUCCACAUCCAGUAGCAUUCUAGCCCCUCUGGAUCUAUGGAAUUGGAAAUAAAUAUGAAUGAAUAUGAAUAUGAAUAGAAGAACUUUAAUGUGGACCCUAGAUCUCUCAUAGCAUGACAUUUUGUUUACUUCCAUAUUCUUGAAUGGGAAGUAACCAACUUCUGUAUGUUGUACAGUUAUAUUUCUAGGUUACAAAGUAAACAGUAUCCACACCUCAGAAGAUCGUGUUCAGGCUGUUGAAGAAGCAGAAGCAUUUAUUUGUGGGUUGUGGUAACACAUUCCAACUCCUGAAGGCAUUGUAUGACUUUAAGAUAAUUGAUCCAAUCAGAAAGCGUGUUCUAGAGGAAAUAUUUAUGGAAACAGCGCAGGCUCUAAUGUGGCAACUGUCAGUAUUUGUAUAACAAUUGAUAUGCCUGUUGUACGUCCACCCAGCUUCACAGCUCUUGGGCUUAUUCCUUUCAGCAUCAACCCUCACUAUUUGGAUGACAAUCCUACAACACAUAUGGGCGAAACGCGGGAACAAAGAAUUGAACAGUAUCAUAGUAUUCCUGGAGCUCCUCCUGUGGUGGGUUUGCGAGAAGGAAUCCUACUGCAUAUUGAAGGAGAUAAAAUAACACUCGUAGGGAAGUGUGGUGCACGUAUAUUUUCAGCCUACCCUCCAUAUCUGGAGAACAUCUCCUCCAUCGACAACCUGAGGACAUGCCAUGCCAUGGUGACAAGGGACCUACCUAAUGUGGGGUGAUGGGAUGUUGGAGAAAACUACACAAUGAGGAGCUUCAUAGCUCGUACUCUUCACCAAGUAUAAUUAGAAUGAUCAAGUCAAGGAAGAUGACAUGGGCAGGGCUUGUGGCACGAAAUUGAGUGAAGAAGAAUGCAUAUAGUAUUUUGGUGGGAAAGCCAGAAGGAAGGAGA